AUGUCGGACGAUGAUGAGAGAGGUGAAGAGUAUCUCUUCAAGAUCGUAAUCAUCGGAGAUUCCGCCGUCGGUAAAUCCAAUCUCCUAACUCGUUACGCACGUAACGAGUUCAAUCCGAAUUCAAAAGCAACGAUUGGCGUCGAGUUUCAGACUCAGAGUAUGGUCAUCGACGGAAAAGAGGUUAAAGCUCAGAUUUGGGAUACCGCCGGUCAGGAACGGUUCCGUGCCGUUACAUCGGCUUAUUACCGUGGCGCAGUCGGAGCACUCGUCGUCUACGAUAUCACUCGUAGCUCUACUUUCGAGAACGUCGGUCGCUGGCUCGAUGAGCUCAACACUCAUUCUGAUACAACAGUAGCGAAAAUGCUAAUUGGUAACAAAUGUGAUCUCGAGAGUAUAAGAGCGGUGAGCGUCGAGGAAGGUAAAAGUCUUGCAGAGUCUGAAGGUUUGUUUUUCAUGGAGACAUCCGCGCUGGAUUCGACCAAUGUAAAGACGGCUUUCGAGAUGGUUAUUCGCGAGAUCUAUAGCAACAUUAGUCGAAAGCAACUGAAUUCUGAUUCUUACAAAGAGGAACUAACCGUGAAUCGAGUUAGCUUGGUUAAGAACGAAAACGAAGGGACAAAGACAUUUUCUUGUUGUUCGAGGUAA